AUGUCCAAAUUGGGCCCAAUUGGCCAUUUUCCCUCCCCGGUGUCAUGUGACUUGUUAGUGUUACAAGGUCUCGGGUGUGAAUGGGGAGCAGGUGUAUUAAAUUUAGUGUUAUCGCUCUCACUCUCUCAUACUGGUCACUGGAAGUUCAACAUGGCACCUCAUGGCAAAGAACUCUGAGGAUCUGACAAAAAAAAAUUAUUGCUCUACAUAAAGAUGGACAAAACUGGCUAUAAGAAGAUUGCCAAGACCUCAGAAACUGAGCUGCAGCACGGUGGCCAAGACCAUACAGCGGUUUAAAACAGGAC